GAAGAUCGACACCGUCGAAGAAGAUGAUAAACAGCCCGAGACAACUGUAACAGUCGAAGAAACUCCUGUCGAAGAAUCACCCGAAGAAGUGAAAGAAAUGCCGGAAGAGGUUCGUAUUGUUGAAACCAUCUCUGAAGACGGCAAACCCAAGAAGAAGAAGAUCCGUACUCGUGUCAUCAAGAAGGUAAAGGGUGACAAACAAGAGGUCACCAAGAUCGAAACCGUCGAAGAAGAUGACAAACAGCCAGAAACAACUGUCACAUUUGAAGAAACUCCUAUCGAGGAAGCUCCCGAACAAGUCAGAGAAAUGCCGGAAGAGGUUCGUAUUGUUGAAACCAUCUCUGAAGACGGCAAACCCAAGAAGAAGAAGAUCCGUACUCGUGUCAUCAAGGAGGUGAAGGGCGGCAAACAAGAGGUCACGACGAUCGAAACCGUCGAAGAAGAUGAUAAACAGCCCGAGACAACUGUCACAGUUCAAGAAACUCCUGUCGAAGAAUCACCCGAAGAAGUGAAAGAAAUGCCAGAAGAGGUUCGUAUUGUUGAAACCAUCUCUGAAGACGGCAAACGAAAGAAGAAGAAGAUCCGUACUCGUGUCAUCAAGAAGGUAAAGGGUGACAAACAAGAGGUCACGAAGAUCGAAACCGUCGAAGAAGAUGACAAACAGCCCGAGACAACUGUCACAGUUGAAGAAACUCCUGUCGAAGAAUCAGCCGAAGAAGUGAUAGAAACGCCGGAAGAGGUUCGUAUUGUUGAAACCAUCUCUGAAGACGGCAAACGAAAGAAGAAGAAGAUCCGUACUCGUGUCAUCAAGAAGGUAAAGGGUGACAAACAAGAGGUCACGAAGAUCGAAACCGUCGAAGAAGAUGACAAACAGCCCGAGACAACUGUCACAGUUCAAGAAACUCCUGUGGAAGAAUCACCCGAAGAAGUGAAAGAAAUGCCUGAAGAGGUGCGUGUGAUUGAAACCAUCUCUGAAGACGGCAAACGAAAGAAGAAGAAGAUCCGUACUCGUGUCAUCAAGAAGGUAAAGGGUGACAAACAAGAGGUCACGAAGAUCGAAACCGUCGAAGAAGAUGACAAACAGCCCGAGACAACUGUCACAGUUCAAGAAACUCCUGUGGAAGAAUCACCCGAAGAAGUGAAAGAAAUGCCUGAAGAGGUGCGUGUGAUUGAAACCAUCUCUGAAGACG